GGGAAGGCGGCGGCGGCGGCGGCGGCGGCGGGGGGAGGGGGCUGAGUCGACUCUCCGUAGCGGUUUGGGCUCCGUUCGGGAAACGGGCGUGCUUUUCUGGGAAAGCAGCCUCCCUGAAUCUCAUCCUGCUGCCGGUUCUGGACGGCUCGUUCCAAGGAAACCCCCCAUCUACCCACCGGUCUUGUGCACGGGGCUCUUCCCUCCGGCCAGAGGAUGUGUGCCUCAGCCCGUUCCCGUCCCGGCCGGAGGAAGGAGCCGUGAUACCAUCACUGGGGCUGAAGGGUUUCAAGGAAUGUGGCCAUCUUGGAAACCCAUACCCUGAGCUUGAACAGUUCUAAAGAUCCUUCUGGAGCCCAUUACCCUGAGAGGAAGAAAUGGCUGUCCAGACCACACGGCGCUUGGCCUGGGUAUCAGUAGCACUGGUUUUGGUCGUGGCAAAGCCAUCCCAGACCCAAAGGUGUUCCUUCGAGGAGGUGGACGACACUACGAUCGAUAUCCCAGCAGCCUUUUCCAAAGGCAUCAGGGGGACGGAUCCGAUCUAUACACCAUCUUGGAACGCCUGUGUGGAGAAUUGCUGCUCGGAAAGAAUAGCAGGUGAUAAGAGGUGCAACUAUGCCAUCUUUAACACCAAAAUGAAGGGCAGUUCUCCAAAUUGCUAUCACUUUUAUUUCCCUGCCCAAGAAACCUGUCCCGUAAAACCAGCAUUAGGACUGAUCACGUACAGAAUAAUAGAAGGCAAAGAGCUAUUCAAACCAGCUCCUUCCUUAAACAAAGUCCCUCAUUCUAUAGUGAACGGAAGUCUGGCAUCCCCACAAGCAGCUGAGUUUGGCCUUGCAAGGCCCCUGGGCGGACCGGAUUCUUUGGCCAAGACCUCUACGAAAGAGGAAAUCUUUGGCCCUUCAGACCAUUCCUUUGAGGAAGUGGAUGGAUCCCCCCAGCAUCCCAAGGCUGGAAGGACAAAUGGAGUGGAGACUUUGGGUUCUUCGAUCGGGCAUGAAAGCAACAGUGCUGCUAGCACCAUCCAACAAUCCACUCCUGUUAAACUAUCCCUUGCCACCCUUGACUCUUUGACCAGCAGGACUGUUGGUGAUGCUGCAGCCAUUCAUAAUCCUCCAAGCCACACCACUACUGCUUCACCUUAUGCCGGAAAGACAGAGGCGGCCACUCUCCAGCCAAGCGAGGGCCCUGUUUCCAAACCAUUGCUUCCUUCCGAAACCGAUCCUCGCGGUUUCAGUUCAUUGUCAUCCGCCCCGUCUACUCCAACUGCUUCUCUUCGGGGCUCCCACCUUAGCGAUGGACGGCUUAGUUUGGAAGGCUUCACCCCUGACGACAACCCAGCCGGGAACGAUUUCUCCCUGCUGACUGACCAAAGCAUCCUCCUCGCUGCCUUGUUUUUCGGGGUGCUGUUUUUCUUCUUGGCAGUGGUGCUGAUAGGGGGCAAAAUCUGCUGCUCACGCCAGCCACAGCGCUACACCAGGCUGGAUUACUUGAUCAAUGACAUGUACGCCAAUAUGUGAAGGUGUGUGAUGACCGGGGGCGUGGCGCAAAGUCAACAUAGCGAGAAUCCCUUUAUUAGCUUCCAAAGUCCUGGUUACCUUCUGGCAUAGAGAAAAACUCUCCCAGGAACAGCCUUUGGCUGCAGAGAUUCAAGUUCAAAAAGUUGUCAACAGAAAAUUUUAUAAGUCCAAUUGAGGCAAGAUGAGGUAAUUAAUCCGACAGAGCAAGAUGAGGAGUUGCAGAAGGGAAAUAGCAUGACAGUAAAUCAACCCAGUUGGGAGGAUGCCAGGAAUGCAGAUAACAGUCAACACAAGAUAAACU